UUUCUCUCAUUUGUUUCUUUCAUUUUUCCCUCUCAAGAUAUUCGAGAGCGAGGCUUCCUUCUUGCAACGAGACACAAGACAUUCCGUACCAGCACCGGUGUCGUACAGGCCACACUGUAAUCAUGGGGCCUGCACGUACUGGCCUUUUGAUCCUGGGCAUAUUCGUCGCCUGUGGCUCUGCGCAGCGUUUCAACUUGGGAAAUGAACUCCAGCUGGGGCACAGAGGCCGUGUGUGCCGUGAACUCUACGAGCUAGGACUGGCAGGCGUUCAUCCCAUUCACCUUGGCGCCGUGACUGGAGGCCGCAAGCUGCAGCGCAGUGGAGUGGAGUCAUCUCGCGUCUGGGCCUGGCUGGGCAAUCAUGGAGGUCGCGGUUUGUGGGGUGGCACCUUGGGCUCUCAUCUGUGGCUGAGCCCGGCGCACGCCAGGUAUGGUGGCCGCUGGGGCGUCUUAAGGACUGGUGUCUGGGUCAUGCACGGAGGACGUCGGCUGUGGAUCGCGCUGCCAAUGUAUGGAUUUGGAAACACCAUCGGCUUCUCUUCGGCAGUCCGCAUCGACAAGCGAGCGACGAGUGGCUUAAGGACCGGAAUGCCGCAGGGCCGCGCCGGUCUCAUUGGUGGCUUUGAAUCUAUGGGACAAAACGUUGGUUCUGGUCAAGAAGGUCAAUGGGGUUAUAGAGGUCGGAGUAGAAGGAGGCAGAAGAGGUAGAAGGGGACGAAUGGGUUCAUGGAGCCAGGAACAAGGAGGCAUGGGUGGUGACCAAGGGGGACUCUUUUGGGGACAACAGAAUCAGCGUGGCGGCGGGCUGUGGGGUCGCACAAGCCAAGAUGGUGGUGAAUUAGGUGGAUCAGGUGGCUUGGGAGCCCAAGGUCUCCGGGAAAGCAUGGGCGGUGAGUCGUUCAAUGUGGGGCAGGGCAGUUCUUUGAGCUUAGGAGCACAAGGACUCGGUGGUGGCGUCGGCAAUGAGUUGGGAAACUCAGAAAAUUUAGAACUCGGCAUCACCAGUCAAGGACAGCAGGGUGCACAGGGAACCAAUUCGGGCUCAGGAGGACGAGGUAGCUCCUCUGGCAGUGCACGAGGAAGUGGUGGUGAAGCUGGAUUGGGCUUUAGUACAGGGUCAAUGGGACAAGGAAGCUCGUGGAGCCUACGGCAAGGGAGUGGUAUGGGCUUAGGCAGCAGUUCGGGAGGAAGUGGCUCUUGGGGUUCAGAAGGCCUACAGCAAGGCGGAGAUGGUAGCUUCGGAAGGUAUGGGGGAUCUGGCUCUUGGGGGAUGCGAGGCCUACAGCAAGGCGGUGGCAGUCGCUUCGGGAAUUUGCUAGGAGGAGGAAGCUCUUUUGGAGCGGGAAGCCUACAACGAGGUGGUUCUACUGGCUUCGGGAGUGGACUAGACGGUAGCAACUCGUGGGAGUCAGGAAGCCUAUUAGGAAGUGGUUCUACUGGCUUCGGGAGAGGUCUUGAAGGUGGCAGCUCGUUGGGGGCAGGAGGCCUAUUAGAAGGCCGUUCUGGUGGUUUCGGGAAUUUGCUAGGAGGAGGAGGCUCCUUUGGAGGGGGAGGCCGGCAGCAAGGUGGUUCUGGUAACUUCGAGAGUGAAUCAGACGAUAGCAGCUCGUCGAGGUCUGGAAGCCUCUUAGGAGGUGGUUCUAGUGGCUCAUGGGGGUUAAGAUCUCUAUUUGGACGUGGAGAGGGUGAACAGUCAGGUGGCGGUCUGUUCGGUCAAGGCGGUCUGUUCAGGCGAAUUUUCCCGUUUGGAAGCUGGUUCCGCUCCGGGGGCUCGAGGUCGAGUGAGAGCGGUGGCUCGUCUGGUUCGUUCGGAGAAGACUCUCAUGGCCUCGAAGGACUUUCCGAAGACGAAACAGGUAGUAGUAGCAGCACACUUAGCGGCCUUGGCGGCUCUAACGGAGAGCAGUUUGGAGGCGGCGCGGGCUACGGUGGCCAGUUUUCAGGAAUGGGGCGUUUCGGGGGUUUAGGGGGUUUAGGGAGUGGAUCAGGAUAUAGUAGUUUUUGGAGCAGUCAACGAGCAGGAGGCGGCCGCCCAUACAGUUUCAGGGUAAUAAGGUUUACUGCUCCUCGGUCUGGCCGCUCAUCACGGCGAUGGGUAUCUUGGAGUAGCUCACCUAUGCAAGGUGGUGGAGGCUUUAGAUAUGGAAACAUGGGUGGAUCCUCGGGCUUCCUCGGAGGGUCUGGAGGGGGGCUCUCUGGAGGAUUCGACAGCUCAUCCCUCUUUGAUGGCUCGAGCGGGUCUACUCAAAUUAAGUUGUGAGCACAAAUGGUGGCUCCGUGACCGACGCCUUUGUCUGAAGGAACAGAUGGAAUAUCAGCAAGCGAGCGGUACAUGAAACGGGGUAAUAAAGUAAUUUUCUCUUUCUCUUUUAGUUCCUGCUUAUAAUUCAAUAAAUGAGAUGUUGAAAG